AUGGAUCAAACAGAAUUAUUUGUUCCAUUUAAACGCUGUUGCAAUUGCAAUUCAAAUCUUUCGACUGAACGUGGACAAAAUAUCAUACUCGUCAAAAUAUUAGUAUUAGCUAUCAUUCCUAUCAUUGUUUUAGUAAUUCAAGGAGGGAUAACUAUUGCUGAUGAUAAUAAACAUGUGGUGACACAAAACAAAGUGGAAGCAGAUAUUCAGUUUAGUGUAGAAAUUGGACUACUCGUCCACAAUUUACAAGUUGAAAGGGGAAUCACAACCAUGUAUGUUUCUUCAGGAAGAAUGGAUAUUCUACCCGUUCUACAAAGCAAAAGAACAAUGACAGAUAUUUCUUUAAACGCUCUUGGAAAAUGGAUAUCAGUGUCUACCCCUGGAUACUUCCGGUCAAAAAAGACCUUUUUCCAACGACUACGGGAAUAUAGAAAUACUUUUAACAGCGUUAACAAGAGUUCAAGUGAAGUCAUAAGAUUUUACUCUUACGAUAAUGACGUCAUAUUAGAUUGGUUAGGCUCUGUUAUAACAGACGCUAAAUAUAUAACUGGAACAAGCUGGCAACCGUUAGUUUCGUACCAUAUGAUUUUGUUAAGCAAAGAACAAGCUGGGAUGGAAAGAGCAUUGGGUGGAGUAUACUUUGCGAAAGGUAGUGUUGCAUUACCUGAACUUUUGUGGUAUAAAGAAAAAGCAACACUUGGUGCAAGCUAUUUAGAAAGAAGUAUGCAAUAUUCUACCACAGUAAAACAACAAAUAAAUAGUCGUUAUACCUCAAGUGAACUAGAAUCAGUUAUCAACAUCAUGAGGUCAGACGUAUUGGCUAAUAAUUCUACUCAUGGAUCUGUUGAAACCAGUAUCUCAUGGUUUAAUAACAUCACUAGUUAUAUUGAUUUGCUGAAAGAAAUACAAGAUAUCUUAUCGCAGGAAAUAAUAGUAAUGCUGGAAGACUACGUCACGUCAUUAAAAACAAAUCUAAUUGUAAAUGUGAUAAAAAUGGUCUGUGCGAUAUUAUUGUUUCCGAUAACUGUGAUCCUCGUAUACAGACUCACAAACAAACUUCAACAAUUCGCAAAUUCACUAAAAAACAAAACAUACGACCUUGAGAAGGAACGUAGACGUUCAGAACAAUUGUUGUAUCAGCUGCUUCCUAUAUCGAUAGCCAGAAGAAUGAUGAAAAAGAUGGCGAUAAUUCCUGAACAUUAUGAUUCUGUGUCAGUUUAUUUUUCUGAUAUUGUUGGUUUCACUGACAUAUGUUCAAAAAGUUCUCCAAUGCAGGUUAUCUAUAUGUUAAACUUAUUAUAUAUUAUGAUUGACGCCAAACUCGAGGCCUUCGACGUCUAUAAAGUAGAAACUAUAGGCGAUGCCUACAUGGUUGCUUCAGGUCUACCGGUCGCUGCUAAGAACAGAACAAAACAUGCAACAGAAGUAGCAUCAAUGUCAUUAGAAAUAAUGAGAACAGUCAGUGAAGCUAAAGUUCCUCAUAUUCCACAGGAAAAAUGGAAAGUUCGAAUAGGAAUCAAUUCAGGUCCUGUUGUAGCUGGGGUAGUAGGUACUAAGAUGCCUCGUUACUGUUUGUUUGGUGACACUGUCAAUGUAGCAUCGAGAAUGGAAUCGUCUGGAAAACCUGGUAUGAUUCAGAUAUCGUCUGCUACAAAAGAAGCUUUAGAAGCAUAUCCUGAAUUUGUCAUUAGGGAAAGAGGUGACAUGAACAUAAAGGGAAAGGGUCAAAUGAAGACUUUCUGGCUGAUAGGACAUAAUAAUGGCUACACAGUUUCCACGCCUCAUUUAUUCCUAACGGAAUAA